UACAUUUUAACAAACAGGAUAGUGGUUCAUACGCUCCGAGCGUUCGGUCAACAUCCAAUGCGAAUUCCAAGUCGAUUUCGCUCUCUACUUUGUGGCAUACUGUGCUCGACUUUGAGUGCAGACGAAGCUUUGAGUAAGACACAAAUUCUCGACGUACUAGUUGUCCAGAAUAUUGUCACGGAAUUAAGAACCGCUCAAAAACAGUUUAUGCCAGACGCUGCAUCGCCUCUAUUUCCUCGCCCCUUUAUAACUGCGGCGUAUGCCCAAAGUGUAGAUGGAAAAUUAGCAGCUUACAACGGCAAAGAAGAAGUCGAGACGACGAGCAACUUUCCUCUCAGUGGUAGUGAUUCUUUGCUGCUCACCCACGCAAUACGAGCCUCUCAUGACGGUGUACUUAUCGGCGGAAAAACACUCUCUAUUGACAAUCCAAGACUCACGAAUAGACUUUGGGAUCACGAUUCUUUAAAACUGCACGCUCAACCGACUUCUAUCGUAUUGGACACACACCUUAACAACAUACAGAGCUUGGGAGAUUCGAUGAGAUUGAAGCAUCCCAUCAUUUGUUGUAGCAAAGAAGCAGCAUCAUCGUGCAAAGAGCUUCCCUCUAGUGUGGUGCUUCUUCCUUGUCGAUGUUCAAAGAAUGGCCAGAUUGAUUUAGGUGACAUGCUCCACAAACUUUACAUUGGAUAUGGUAUAAAAUCUUUAAUGAUUGAAGGUGGUCCGACAUUACUCAAGUCGUUUUUGGAUGAUCAGCUUGUGGACUGUCUUUGUAUAACUAUUGCACCCAAAUUUCUCGGAUCAGGGAUUGGCGUGUCCACCAACAAAGGUUACCAUCUCCCUGUUUCGACAACUAAUUUUUACAUCGUUGGAAAAGACUGUUGUAUGAUUAGUGUGAUUCGGUAA